AUGGCUUUCCAUGUAGAAGGACUGGUGGCUAUCAUCCUCUUCUACCUCCUUAUAUUUCUGGUUGGAAUAUGGGCUGCCUGGAAAACCAAAAACAGUGGCAGCCCAGAAGAGCGCAGUGAAGCCAUCAUAGUUGGGGGUCGAGACAUUGGUUUAUUGGUUGGUGGUUUUACCAUGACAGCCACCUGGGUUGGAGGAGGCUACAUCAAUGGAACAGCUGAAGCAGUUUAUGGACCAGGUUGUGGGCUAGCUUGGGCUCAGGCACCCAUUGGAUAUUCUCUGAGUCUGAUUUUAGGUGGUCUGUUUUUUGCAAAACCUAUGCGUUCUAAGGGAUACGUGACGAUGUUAGACCCAUUUCAGCAGAUCUACGGAAAGCGCAUGGGCGGACUGCUGUUCAUCCCUGCACUCAUGGGAGAGAUGUUCUGGGCUGCAGCAAUUUUUUCUGCAUUAGGGGCCACCAUCAGCGUGAUCAUUGAUGUGGACGUGAAUGCAUCAGUUAUUGUCUCUGCACUCAUUGCCAUUCUUUACACCCUGGUGGGUGGGCUCUACUCUGUGGCAUAUACUGAUGUUGUACAGCUAUUCUGCAUUUUUAUAGGACUGUGGAUCAGUGUCCCCUUUGCCCUGUCACAUCCUGCAGUCACUGACAUCGGAUUCACUGCUGUGCAUGCCAAAUAUCAGAGUCCCUGGCUGGGAACCAUUGAAUCAAUCGAAGUCUACACCUGGCUUGAUAAUUUUCUGUUGUUGAUGCUGGGUGGAAUUCCAUGGCAAGCCUACUUCCAGAGGGUCCUGUCUUCAUCUUCAGCCACUUAUGCUCAGGUGCUAUCUUUCCUGGCAGCUUUUGGGUGUCUGGUGAUGGCAUUACCAGCCAUAUGCAUAGGGGCCAUUGGAGCCUCAACAGACUGGAACCAGACUGCAUAUGGAUUUCCAGAUCCAAAGAGCAAGGAGGAAGCAGACAUGAUUCUCCCAAUUGUUCUGCAGUACCUCUGCCCUGUAUACAUUUCAUUUUUUGGGCUUGGUGCUGUUUCUGCUGCUGUCAUGUCCUCAGCGGACUCAUCCAUCCUAUCAGCGAGUUCCAUGUUUGCUCGGAAUAUCUACCAGCUUUCCUUCCGACAAAAUGCAUCAGACAAGGAAAUUGUGUGGGUCAUGAGGAUCACUGUGCUUGUGUUUGGAGCCUCUGCAACAGCCAUGGCCUUGCUGACGAAGACUGUGUAUGGGCUCUGGUACCUGAGUUCAGACCUUGUGUACAUCAUCAUCUUCCCGCAGCUGCUCUGCGUGCUCUUCAUCAAAGGAACCAACACUUACGGGGCUGUUGCAGGUUAUAUUUUUGGACUUUUCCUGAGAAUUACUGGAGGAGAACCGUAUCUAUACUUACAGCCCCUGAUCUUCUACCCUGGUUAUUACUCUGACAAGAAUGGUAUAUACAAUCAGAGGUUCCCUUUUAAAUCUCUCUCCAUGAUUACUUCAUUCUUGACCAAUAUUUGUGUUUCUUAUACAGCCAAAUAUCUAUUUGAAAGUGGAACCUUACCUCCAAAAUUAGAUGUGUUUGAUGCUGUUGUUGCCAGGCACAGUGAAGAGAACAUGGACAAGACCAUUCUAGUCAGAAAUGAAAACAUCAAGUUAAACGAACUUGCACCCGUGAAGCCUCGACAGAGCCUAACUCUCAGUUCAACUUUCACCAAUAAAGAGGCCCUCCUUGAUGUUGAUUCCAGUCCAGAGGGAUCUGGGACUGAAGAUAACUUACAAUGACCCCAUCUAAAUAAUACAGAACAAAGCAUUGCUGUAGGGUGGUCCUGGAAAGAAGGUGUGGAACUUAUCUAACACAUAUUAAAAUAGAAAUGUUUAGAGGGAAAAGGUAUUUCAGAAAUAAAAUGAAUUAUAAUAAAUGAGUUCAAAAAAUAACAAUUGCACAGUGAGAAAGAGGCAAGUGUG